GCGACUGGGCCCACUUUUUCGACAAAUGAAGAGGAUUGACCGCAGGCUGCUGACCGCUAUCGACGACAACCUUUACUCACGCGCCCGACGCUCUAAAAACAUCAGUGCUCGGCCCUUUCUGCCUGCCACUCUGCCGCCCGGCCUCUCUCUCAAAGCCUAUCAUGAAGUCUACGACGAGGACUACGAGUCGGACGACGACGUGUCGUGUAACUACAAGCUUCGUUCCCAGGUGCACAGUGAGCCGGUUGAAGAGCAUCUCUUAACGAGGUCGCUCGGCAGGAACGACGUCGAUGUCCGCUGCCGCGACCGUGACGGCACAGACAAAAGUCUGACGCAACUAUUGACUGAGCUGAAAGUAUGCGAGGAUCUGCAGACGCAGCUGCAGCUUCCCUUUCCCGUCGAGUUGCAGUUUGCACGGCUGGACGGUGGUGGGGAACAGG